GUGGAAGAGAAGCAGGAAGAGACGCGAGUAAGGUUAAUACGUAGCAAGAAGACUUUUACUUUUAAGGUUUACAUAGCUAACUCUUGAUAUCAUGAAACCUCACUGAGUGUAUGAGUCGAGUGUCACUUUCAACAUGGAGAAAUUUGGUAUGAGCUUCGGUGGAGGCCUGAGCAAAAAAGAACUGCUUGAAUGUAUUGAGAGUCAGAAGAAGCAGCUCAUCCAGUACCAGACCCGCUUCAAAGAUCUUGUUCAGGCCUAUAAGAGUUUACUGAAGGAGAAGGAGGCGUUGGAAGCUAGCUUGAAAGUGCUGACUGUGUCUGCACAGGGUCCUGUGACCACCGACCAUGCCGAAGACCAUGGUUCAAUUCACAGUGAUGACAGCCUGGACGCUGCUGAGUCAGGGCUUGAAAGUGUUGUGACUAGCAGCAGCACUCAGAGUGAUGCAGCAGAUGAAGACCAGGCUGGUCAUGGAGAAGGUAACUCCGUGUUUCUGCAGUCUGAGAAGAGUGAACUGGAAAAUGGUGCCAGUUCUAGUAGCCCUGCGAAUGUGGAGCAAACUGUAGCCUCAGCAAAUGCAGAAUCGGACCGCCGAGUGAACCAACUAAAGUCUCAGCUCUCUACUUUGACCACCUCUUUGGCCACAGUUACACAGGAGAAGUCUCGAAUGGAAGCCUCUUUCCAAGCUGAUAAGCGUAAAAUGAAGCAAGAGUUGGAGGAGGCACGGGAAAAAGCAGAGGAGGCACAUAAGCAGCACCAGCUUGAACUCCAAGCUGUUCAGGAACAGCUAGCAGAGUGCAGAGCACGUAUGAUUAUGCAGCAACACCAACACGAUCAAGAACAGCUUGACCAUGGCCACAUGCUUCGUGAACUUCAGAAACUCCUCCAGGAGGAGAGGAGCCUUAGGCAGGAUGUUGAACUUAGGUAUGAGGAUGCCAGGAAAACCCUUGCAGAAACCAUGCAGAGCAAAGACCGGGGGUUAGAUUAUGAAGAGCAGCUGAAGCAGGUUACUCAGGAGUGUGAAAGGUUGAGAACAAGUCUGCAGGUUCUGGAGGCUGAGAGAAGCAAGCCUGAACAGCAGGUGAUAGAGCUGCAGCAAGAGAUUGCUGAUCUAAAAGCACACUUUAACCAGCAACUUCAGCAGGAGAUUCAGAAGGUUGCUCAGGCAGAAGCCUGCUUACAGGAGCAGGCAAAGCUGGAGGAGCAACGAGUGGCAAAUCUUGAAGAGCGGGUUUCUGAGCUGUCCGGGCUGUUGGGUGCCUGUGAGAAGGCCAGGCAGAAGGACCAGCAAAAUGCUCAGAGGCAACGCGAGCAUAUCCUCCAGCUGGAUGCAGAGAACAAGGCCCUAUCUAUUGCGGUCAGCACUACCAGGACCACCGCCUGUGACCUUGGCCUUGAUGAAAUGAAUCUGGAUGUGAACAUGCUGAAGGAUAAGCUGGAGAAGGUUAAGAAGCUGUUGCAGCUGGUUGCACAGAAAUCUCCAGAACAAAGUUUGGAAAUUGAGAAAAUAAUUGAGGGAGCAAGAGGACAGGAUGUGGAGAAGGCCUCAGUGCAAUACUAUCAGCAAGAGCUACGGCAGGUGAAGGAGGAGUUUGAACGCUACAAAGUCCGAGCACAGGUGGUCCUAAAGAAUAAGAAUGGCAAAGACAGUGCCCAGACCAAGGAGCUUGAGGAAGCUCGAGACCAACUGGCUGAACUGAAGGAAAAGUACAUCAAUCUGCGUGUCCAGUCAGAUGAAGCCAACAUGAUGCACAAACAGGAAAUUAAGGAGCAUCAACAGGCACUGGUGGCCCUUCAGCAGGCUCAUAAGCAGGACCUGGAGAAGCUAGAGGCUCAGCACAGAGAGAACUUCUUGCAUCUUGAGGAAGAGCUGCACAAGCAGAGGGAGCGCACCAUGGCAUUACUCAAAGAGAAGGACCUUGAACUAGAAAAACUUCGAGCUGAAAGCAUUCAAGGACAGAUUGUUAGUGAUUGUGCAGCAGAGAGAGGAGUUAAAAGCGACAUUGAUUUUGAAAGUGGCAGUUCUUCACACGAGGAAUGUGAGAUGAUUGCUCACACUCUGAAAUUAGCCAGCCCCCAAAAAAACAAUUUGCUACUGUAUGCCGAACAGCUGGCUCGAAACGAGGUGGAAAUUUCAGCUUUGCGCAAACAGAAGCAUCAGCUGGAGGAAGGCUUGCAUCAACUACAGGGGAAAUUAUUUUCUACAGAAGAAAGGCACAAGGAGGAGAUCGAUGAGUUGCAGGCUCAGCUGGACAAGAGGAUUCGUGACCAGAGCAGAGAUGGUGCUAAUUUAGAAUACCUCAAAAAUGUCAUCUAUAGAUUCCUCACACUACAAGACUCAAAAGGACGUCAGCAAACGCUCUUGGCCAUCCUGACCAUCUUACACUUCAGCCCUCAGGAAAGGCAGUCUGUCAUGAAGCAGCAAGUACAGAGUUGGUGGACACCCAGGAAGAGAUGAUACUGUGAUUCAGUGCAUUUAUUUAUUUUCCACUAGUUUCUUCUUUCCUUUUAAGCUUAUAACAAAAAAAAUGGUGCAGAAUAUGUUUAUGUAGAGUAAUUCUGUUCUGCUAAACCUCAGUGGAUUUUCUGACAUGUCAGGUGAAUAAAUCCAUCCAAAUUUAUCUAGAAUAUUUAUUGGCCAGUAAAUAAUGAAUUAUAAAGCAUCAAAAAUCAAUCAUUUAAUCACAUUCCUUGUACAAGAUUAGUAAACAAGGCCUUGAAAGCUUGUUCAGAAGUGUGUAUAUGUGAUUAUAAACAUACAACUGACAAGAAAGCGGGCCUCUUGUGGAAUACCCAAGGCAGAUUUUUUUUUUAGUUAUGCACAAUAAUUUGCUGUUUCUUGGUAAUUGGAUUAUGUUCCUGAUGAUUAUUUCAUUACAGUACUGAGUAUCUGGUUCUGCUAAACAAUUCUGAUUAUUGCCUUGAAUUCAGCAAACCCUUACUGGAGCAUCAACAACUGCAAUUUUGUGACUCUGCAGCUACCAUUAAUAAUAAUCUUCCUGUGAUAAAGUUAGACUUGUACAGUUGUUUGCAUGAAAGCAACCAUUGUGUCACCAGUUAUGUUCUCCCUCAACAUUUCUCACAGAUAUAAAAAGUCAUGGUGUAAUGUAUACUUUUUUUGUAAAGUUACAUAUGUGUUUGGGAGCUUAAGUCUUGCUUAUUUACUUUCAGAAAGAAUUAUUCAGUGCCUUAUUAAAUGUAUAUUUCAAAUCUA